GAUCCAGAGGAAUAUACAAGUGGAAGAAGAACAACAGCUGUUCUUUCUUGUCCGACCACAGAGUCAGCCGACAGUUAAAAUUUCAAUCCUAUAAAUUUCAACUUUUCUUCUCCAUUUUCAAAAAUCAAAUCUUCUCUUUCCUUACUCGAAUGCUCUUUUUAGAACCAGAUCUACCACCAGUCAUCUGAGAGAUACACAUUACAAACACCAAGAAGAAGAAGAAGAGGGCUACGAAGAGCUAGAUCUGCUCUGUUUGUUCCUCUGUCUUAAACAGAGAAGUCAAUUAAACGUCUCUUUGAGCAAGAUCAACUCUCUUUUGUCAAAUCGGAGAAAUGGCCGGAGGUUUCGUAAGUCAAACGCCGGGGGUUCGUAAUUAUAAUUACAAACUGACACCGAAAGUGUUCGUAACAUGUUUCAUCGGUGCCUUUGGUGGUCUCAUCUUCGGAUACGAUCUCGGGAUCUCAGGAGGGGUAACCCAAAUGAAGCCGUUCUUGAAGAAGUUUUUCCCUGACGUGCGCAAGAAGAUGCAGAGCGCACACCAGGACGAGUACUGUCGUUUCGAUAGUCAGCUUCUCACUCUCUUCACUUCCUCUCUCUACCUAGCGGCUUUGGUCUCUUCCUUAUUCGCUUCCACCAUAACCCGACUUUUCGGAAGGAAAUGGUCUAUGUUCCUCGGUGGUUUCACCUUCUUCGUCGGCUCUGCUUUCAAUGGCUUUGCUCAAAACAUCGCCAUGCUUCUCGUCGGUCGUAUUCUACUCGGUUUCGGUGUCGGAUUCGCCAACCAAUCUGUUCCGGUUUAUCUGUCGGAAAUGGCACCUCCGAAUCUAAGAGGAGCCUUCAACAAUGGGUUUCAAGUAGCGAUUAUUUUCGGUAUCGUUGUUGCAACCAUCAUCAACUACUUCACUGCACAGCUGGAAGGCAACAUCGGAUGGAGAAUCUCACUAGGGUUAGCUUGUGUCCCUGCGAUGAUGAUUAUGAUCGGAGCUUUGAUCCUUCCUGAUACUCCCAACUCUCUCAUCGAACGUGGCUUUACCGAAGAGGCUAAGAAAAUGCUCCAAUCUAUCAGAGGAACCAAUGAAGUCGAUGAAGAGUUUCAAGAUCUUGUUGAUGCGAGUGAAGAGUCUAAGCAAGUGAAACACCCGUGGAAGAACAUCAUGCUUCCUCGUUACAGACCACAGCUGAUCAUGACUUGCUUCAUUCCUUUCUUCCAGCAGCUUACCGGAAUCAACGUCAUUACAUUUUAUGCGCCUGUUCUGUUCCAAACCCUAGGGUUCGGUAGCAAAGCCUCGCUCUUGUCGGCUAUGGUGACGGGAAUCAUCGAGCUCUUGUGUACGUUUGUCUCUGUUUUCACUGUGGAUAGGUUUGGAAGAAGGGUCUUGUUCCUCCAGGGAGGUAUCCAGAUGCUUAUCUCUCAGAUCGCUAUUGGAGUCAUGAUUGGUGUCAAAUACGGAACUGUUGGAACAGGGAGCAUAGGGAAAUCAGAUGCUAAUCUGAUCGUGGCGCUGAUCUGCAUCUAUGUAGCUGGUUUCGCCUGGUCAUGGGGACCGUUGGGAUGGCUGGUGCCUAGUGAGAUAUCUCCACUAGAGAUCCGAUCAGCAGCUCAAGCCAUUAAUGUAGCGGUCAACAUGUUCUUCACAUUCCUUGUAGCUCAGCUCUUCCUCACAAUGCUCUGUCACAUGAAGUUUGGACUAUUCUUCUUCUUCGCCGUGUUCGUCUUUAUAAUGACGAUAUUUAUCUACUUGAUGUUGCCUGAGACGAAGAAUGUACCAAUAGAAGAGAUGAACAGAGUGUGGAAGGCACACUGGUUCUGGGGAAGGUUUAUACCUGAUGAAGUUGUUGGUGUUAGUGCUGCUGAGAUGCAACAAAAGUCUGUAUGAUGAAAUAUAUUUUUCUUUGGGCAAAAGACUAAGAAAAAAACUGAAAAGGGAAAGAUGAUUAAUUAAGAGGAUGAAGUUACAAUGAAAUGUUAUUCCUGAAUGAAAGCUGCUCUGUUGUUUUAUGCAGAGACUUAGAUUUUUGUUUAUUCUUUCUUCUUGCUCAAUGUUUCUUUGUUGCAACUGUAAGUUGGGCCUAAAGAAAUUUAAGUAAACAAAAAAAUACGUAUAGAAAGUGAAAUCAGUUAUGUUUUUGUA